AACACCUACUGAAACAACGACUGUUGAAUCCCCAACACCGACGAUUAUGACAAAAAUACCAACCACAGUGGUUACAUCGGGACCAACAACAUCCCCUUGGGCACAAUGCAAUGUAACGCUGUGCCGUCCUCCUCCCCCAUGCCUGCCGGGGUUCCAACUGAUUAUCAAUUAUGCUGACAUUAUGAAUGGCAGCUGUUGCCCAUCCUACGAGUUUGUUCCUAAAGGUGUAUGUGUCUAUGACAUGACUGAGUACAAGCCUGGUACAAAGAUCCCGAUGCCGGACACACUAUCAGAACCACCGUUAGAAGCACCAGAAGCACAAUUAAUGGCAGAACAAGCGUUAGUAACAACAACAACACCAUCAGGAGCUGGAGAAACAUCAACAAUGUCAGAGUCAUUUACGCCCGGGCCCUGCCAGGAAUGUUACUGUGGCCCUGAAAUGGAUCCUGUCACCAAGCUGAACAUCAUUACCUGCAAACCUGUCGUCUGCAACAAAAACUGUUCUGCUGGUUAUGAAUAUCAGACUGAACCAGGAAAGUGUUGUGGAAAAUGUGUUCAGAUGGACUGUGUUUUCACCACACCUGACAACGUGACGGUGCAUGUUAUUGAGGUCAACAGCUCUUACAUACCUCCUAAUGACAAAUGUGUGCAAUAUACCUGUGAGAAGCUCAAUGGACAGCUUGUUACCAAGGAAACCAAGACUACUUGUCCUCCCUUUAACCCCUUGGACUGUGAACCUGGCACUGAAACAACAGAUGCCAGCGGGUGCUGCAAAACCUGCAAUAUAAGUCUGUGUAAGACCCAGAAGGAGCAGAGAAUCAUUGAACUGAACAACUGCAAGAGUGCACAGCCAGUUAACAUCACAUAUUGCGCUGGACACUGUGACAGUUUCUCCAUGUACUCUAUGGAAGCCAACACAAUGGUACACAAUUGCGAGUGCUGCCAAGAAGCCACCACCAGUGUGGAGCAGGUGGAGCUUACCUGUGCUGAUGGGUCUAAGCUGCAGCACAGCUACACCAUGGUACAGUCAUGCCAGUGCAUCAAAACAGAAUGCGUGGAAGGGACAACGCCCAAACCACAGCGCCGCAGGAGACGCUGAUCAUCAGUAACUUAAAUGCUUUACAAUGGCUAAGACCACCUUGACACUCUUUGUACCUCAUUUUCUUAU